AUGAGGCUACUAAGUUUAGCAUGCCUUUUGGGCUUGUCCCUCACUGCCGUCUUCGGGUGUGGCUACGGUAAAGGCGACUACUCGUCGACUUUCAUCGAACAUGUGUCGGUGAUUUUCUCGAUUGAGACCGCCUAUUGGACAAUCUCCUAUGAAUACGAUGUGUGGUACAACGGCUCAUCGACCACCGAUCAAAACAACGAGACGUUGACCGCCGCCUACUUCAUCACUCUGCUCGAGAGCUACGAAAAGGGAGAGUUGACGCUCGUGACCACGGAGCCCACCUACGGCUACAUCAACUAUUUGUACGGUAUGUCGUGGAUCUUCUACGGACUCCAAUACACGGAUACUUUCUACAUCGACAUGGUCACUCAAUACACGGAUUCUUGCGGAUAUGACACCUUCACCUACACGGGCACCACCCCGGCACCAACUCCACCAGCCACAUUGGAGGACUCGCAAAAGGAAAAAGCCAAGAAGGUGUUCGCGUGCUACGAGUACCAAGGAUAUACCUGGGAAUCGGAAGUGUGGAACCAGACGGACUCGUGCUGGACUCAAUUCGUCACCACCGGAAUGAGCCAAGGCGCCAUCGAUCAGACGAACACGCAAUGCGUCCAACUCGGUCUCUACUACUCGAUGUACCCGGAAAUGCUCGUGCCUGGGUGCUCACCCGACAUGAGCGUCACUUGCUCUGUGGAACAAUACUACGAAGUUAUCGGCUACAUCUUCUCCACCGAAGAGACUCGUAUCAGCUUUGCCACCGCUUUCUACAACUAUUUCUACAGUUGCCCCGGCGCCCCCAAGGAGAUUCAAUGGAGUAAAGUGAUCAAGGACUCAUGCAUCAUCAAGGGCGGAGAUGUCUCCAUCGUUGCCACAAGUGGUGAAUGCGGUGGAAUGGAGAUGGUCGAGCCGUGCGUCGAGAUGAUCUACCAGCUUAUCGAUCAACAGAACGAGCAAGUCAUGUGGUUCAUCACAAUCUACAUGAAGAACAUCCUCAACAUUUCCCCAAUCACCAGCACCGUGACAUUGACCGAAAACGUGCAGAUGUACACCUACAUGAUGGAACAAAUCGCCACGUCGGGUGGUUUCAUCUCGUGGACCGUCUACGUUGAGUUCUUCGCCAGAUGGGAAGCGUUCUGCGGAACAAAGGUGACCGUGACCUGGAUCGAGGUCGAGAUCUGGAUCACCGAAUUCUUCAACGUUUGCUGCCACUGGACCCUCCCGUACACGACUCCAGCACCCACCAUGAUCACCGAGGUUUCCACGAUGGUCACCGAGGAAGUCACCGGAUUUUCAACUGGAGAGACGGCCAUGUCAACUGGUGAGACUGGCUUCACGACUGGAGAGACUGGCUUCACGACUGGAGAGACGGCCAUGUCAACUGGUGAGACUGGCUUCACGACUGGAGAGACUGGCUUCACGACCGGAGUUCCAACGGAGGCCACAUGUGUGAUCUCUACUCCCGAGGAGGAGUGCGCCUACAUUAUUUCGUACUUCCGUUUCAUCGGCUUCCUCUACGUGAACAAGACGUGGAGAGACUCGCUCAACACUAAGUGCCGUGGCCACAAGGAGAAGCACCCACAUUCGAGCAACAAGGACAAGGCUAAGCACUUUGUGAAAUCCACGCACGAGUGUGCGCGCGAUUUGGGCACUUGCGGAGGACCCGACUGCGUCCCACCAGCCGAGUUGGCUUCCACCUAUGAGCCAGUCAUUGAAGAAGGCCCACAACCACCAGCGGGAGAGGACAGCUGGGAGUUCUUUGUCAACUUCGCCAUCGAAGUCUGGCUCGUCGGCGACUACACGAUUCUCAAUGAAUGCGCGUGCGCGAUGGCCGAGUAUUCGAGCUCUUUCCCCACCGGUGACGAUUUCAGCCAUCAAACUGGAGACGGAGACGAGCCAACUGUUGCCCCGACUUGUGAUGAGAUCAAAUCCAACACCGGAAUCUUCAUCUUCUUCCAAUUCAUCGCGGUUGAGUGCGGUUUCCAGGACUCCUUCUUCUGGGUUCAGUGGAUCCUCAAGUUCAAGGCGAUCUUCUUCUCACUCGACUGGGAUUGCGGAUGCUGGGGAGAGUUCAUCUGGACCUGGUCAAUCGACUGGAUCGAGCUCAUCUACACUUUCUUGGAGGCAAUGUGCUGCGGAUGCACUCCAACCGAGAUGCCCAUCCCAACACCCCAAAAAUCGGUCGGCACUUGGGACAUCUUCCGUUUCUUCGUCUCCUUCUGCAGUAAUGUCGAAUACCGUGAGACGUUCGAGUGCUUCAUGUCAUGGUACUUUGAGCUCAAUGGCUACGUCACGUUCGAGACAAUGACUUUCACCGAAGUCUACGAGUGCAUGUCGAUCUUCAUUGACUACAUGAUCAUCGUUGUUGAUCACCCGGACACCCCGAAGAAACCCAAGGGCUCCCUCACAAUCACCUAUGACGAGUUCAUGUACACUUGCAUGUAUUGGGUGAGCUUCAAGGGUGACGACAAGAUGUGCAACCUGUUCGAUGAGAAAUACGAAAAGUGCAAGGACAAAGCCUCAGGCGAGAGCCACGAGAAAUCGAACAGCCACGAGGUGCCAUCAGAGCCCGGAUCAGAUAUGUGCGAGUUCGUCAUCAAGUACAUGGCCAUUUGCCACGGAGUGUGGGGAACGAGCGCGUGGAGCGAGUACUGGGUCAGCUGGUCGAGCGGCUGGGAGGUUGCCUCAUCGCAAGGGACUUCAAAGGAACAAUGGGUGCAAGAGCAGAUGCUCUGUGACAACGCGAUUCAAAUGAUCUGCGAAUGGGAAGGUCCAUGGGCCACCGAGGAACCCUCGACCGUGGCUCCA